CUGUCGCAGGUACUCCAUGCAGGAGAUGUACGACGUGGUGGCCAACGUGGAGGACUACAAGAACUUUGUGCCCUGGUGCAAGAAGUCCGUGGUGGUGUCGCGGCGCUCGGGCCACAUCAAGGCGCAGCUGGAGGUGGGGUUCCCGCCCGUGCUGGAGCGUUACACGUCCAUCGUCACCCUGGUGCGGCCACACCUCGUCAAGGCCGUCUGCACCGACGGGCGCCUCUUCAACCACCUGGAGACCAACUGGCGCUUCAGCCCCGGCAUCCCCGGCUACCCCCGCACCAGCACCGUGGAUUUCUCGAUCUCCUUUGAGUUCCGCUCCCUGCUGCACUCCCAGCUGGCCACCGUGUUCUUCGACGAGGUGGUCAAGCAGAUGGUGGCCGCCUUCGAGCGCCGCGCGGCCAAGAACUUCGGGCCCGAGACCCGCAUCCCCCGGGAGCUCAUGUUCCACGAGGUCCACCAGACGUGAGGGCGGCCGGGCCGGGCACCCCCGGACUGUGCCGAGCCCACCCCCCAAAAUAUUUAUUCGAGUGCGUCUCCGCUGCUGUUGCCUCAACGCCCCCCGGGGCUGCCCCGUGAGCCCCCCUGGAGCCGCGUCCCGGCGCUGGACUCCCUGGUUUUGUAGCUGAUUUGGGGUUUUAAGUUUUGUUUUAGCUCUUGUUUUUU